UCGCGGUUUGAGAUCAUCGAUGCAUCGUGGCAAGAUUUGUGUGACCAUGUUUCCAUGUUAUAGUCACUGAUAAGCAUCCACUGGUAGUGCUGAGGAAGAUCAUGCGCAAGUGCAUUCCAAAAGUAGCACCUCACGGGUGAUCCAUUCGGGGCGUAUAUGUUAGAAAUGCCGAUCUUCUCCUCGAAGGCCAUUUAGUAUCACCCACUGGACACGAUUGUCAAAGAGGGAUCAUGAAGCACUCACGUUCCUUGCCCAUUUGGGGUGUAUAAGGGUCAUCAUCCCCCCCACACCCGACUCUCGGGUUGUGUAUGUCAUGCCCGUAGCCCACAAAGGCUUCUAAAUUAAGCCGAUGGAUCCGCGCCAAAGACGCUGCUCAACUUGGUGAAAGAGCUGUCCACGAAGUUUAUGUUCUUGCAACAGGAUUAUGUCAAUUGCUGGGCUACAGGCUUGAAUGUAUGCUUGGAGGACGUCCGCGGCCACUCCUUUGUUAAGGCCCUCGACGUUGAGUGAUAGAAUUUGUAGUUUCAUGGACCUCUUGGAGGAGAUUCGACGUCUCCGUCACGCUAGGGCCCUGCCGUCUAAAAUUCCAUAGAUUGUAUGAGGGAGGCUUGUUUGUUGGUGGAGUAGUUUUCAGUCGAGCAGUACUCUUAAGGUCUCGUACUGACAAAGGAUUGGGCGUCGUUGACAUUGAACUAGAUUGCUCCUCCCCAACUAGUUCGAUUGGAUUGGAGUUCCGAGUGCCGUUUCUGGGUGUUGUGGCUGGCUUGUCUUCAUGUUCUUCAGGAGGAAACUGGGACGUAUGUUCGUCAGCGUGGAAGAUGUCGGCGUGGAAGGCAGGUUUGAUGCCGCAUCCCUGAACAAAUCGGAGUCGGCGGGACCACUUGCGGAAGGUGCACCGGGUUCAGCCUCACGCAAGGAGAAAGCUGUGAGGGGAUUGGGGAUGCCAUUCCUGGUCACUGGAUUUAAAGAACCGGCUCGCUCGGAUGAAGUCGAUGGUUGUCUGGCCGAUAGUUGAGGAUGAUGUGCCUGUUCCGUAGCUAGAUUCCGAAUGAUACCAUGUAGACCCGUUCCAGAUGGUAUGAUCAAUGACUUGGUGGAGUUAGAAGAGGUCGUGAUGACCGGUAGAACAGGAUGAUUCCUUCUCCUGAAUCUACAUCCAUACCGUGCUACUCACCACACGCUCCGUCUGCUGCAGAGGAGUCUGAAGUAACUAGGUGGAUCCUUGGCGGAUCGACUUGUCGUGCGUCCGUGCAAUAUGAAAUUAGGGUACUAGGGACCUUCUCAAAGCCAUUCCAUUUCCAUUCCUGUUUCAUUCACAAUUUUCCAGUGGAAUAAUGGUUGGUGAAGCGAUCCGUUUGGUCAUGUGGAUCAUCGAGAUCGAACCAAGGUAUACUGAAUUCUAUCAUUAUGGUAUCUCUAGUGUGGUCAGUAUGAUCCGAGCUCAGCACGGCUAUAAAUGACGGUAGAGCACUUGGAACAGUCUCCACGGAUUGGACGUGCGGGCGCGCUACGGGCUGGCGCUCGACAGAUGAACGAACAUUCCACCUUACUUGCUGGUCGAGUCCGUACUAGUGCUGGAGUUGUCACGAUGACUUGAUGCAACACUACUUCCUCCGACGGGCUGGGUUUGAUUACAGGUGCCCCAGGCGGAUAUUUGACGAACUGAAUGGCUAGUGACGGUGCUGUCAUCAGGUGGGAAUUAAAGACGAGACCGGAGGUGGAACCGAAGGGAUAGGAGUCGUGCCCGGAAUUGAAAGAACUGGAGCAGUCGGAUUGAUAGUGAAGAACGUUGGCCGGCGUCUGUUGCGAGGACGAGGACAUCGACGUUGUGGCGGUGGUGGGACAGUUAGAAUGCGCCUGGAGCGUCUUGCGCCAAUGGCUGCAGGUGCAUCUGCCCUUGCGGCUGUGUCCUUACUUGGACUUGUGGACGAUUUGCCUCGCGGGCUUUGAAGCAUUGAGCAGCGUAGUGGUUGUGGUUUCCACAAAUGAAGCAAAACAAAUCCAGAGCCUCGUAUUGGACUAGGAUUGUGGCGCUAUCUCCAGACGCGUUGUAGCCCAUGACGGUAGAAAUCCAUCCUUGAGUGGGGUCGACUCCAACAUAGAAGCGGGGUAGAGAAUCGUAGCAAGAUCCAUCGUGAACGGCGAGAAUCGGGCCGACUUGCUCUGCCACUUUGUUUGUGAGUUUCUGGUAUUUCAUUGGGAGUUCUGGAAAGUAUAUCCACAUCGGCCACUAAAUGUCUAGGGAGAGCUUGAGAUUAAAACCUUGCUUCCAUUGCUGAUAUAUCACCAGGCCCCCGUUGAAUUGGUGAAAAGCUCGAAUUAGGAGUCGUAAAGUAGUUUUCUAGACAUCCGUCCCAACAUAUAUGAAUUGAGGGUUAACGCGAGUAUGAAAUGUCACUUUGCCAGGAGUCGCUAGCUCAACAAGUGCCAUUCCCUGAAGUUUGCCCUCAACAACACAAGCAAUCACCAUGUGAGUAGCAAGAAUGGGAUUUUCAUUCGCCACUACGGCCUAGGAUUCUAUGUCUAGGUUGAAUGAUGAGACAUCCCGAACGAGAAUUCCUUGAUGAUUGCAAAGAGUUCCCCUUGGAAGCGAUUCUCCAUUCGUACAUUGAAAUGAAUUUACUGUUGCUCGGUCGAAGGAUGGGCUG